AUGAUAAGAUCUGCUGAAGGAGAAUUGACACCAGCUGAUCCAGAAAUCGAACGCACUUCCCAUCGAAGGCAGGGAGAAAACAGAGAAGCACAUCAACAAAUGGCCAACGUGCAGAAUAAUCCAAUUUUUUUGGCCAAUGAAGAGGGGGCAGUAGAUGAAGGAAAUAUGCUCGUGGGAGAUUUCAUGACCCCUCAGAUAAUUCAAAGCCAGUCAAGUAUCGUAUAUCCAUUGUUUGGACAGUCGAACUUCCAACUGAAGACUAAUGUGAUACAAUUAUUUCAAAACGGUCAUCAAUUCUAUGGAAGGAUUGAAGAGAAUCCACACAUGCAUGUUUCUCGUUUUCUGGAAAUGUGCCAACACUUCAGAUAUCAAGGAAUUUCAGACGAUGCAAUAAGAUUAAGCUUGUUCCCACAUACACUGCACGACAAGGCAAUUGAAUGGCUGGAUUCACAACCAAUCGCAAGCAUCACCACAUGGAAUGAUCUAGGCCAAAAAUUCUGCACUAAGUUCUUCCCACCAGCUAAGAUCACGAAGCUCAAGCACGACAUCUCUGUUUUUUGCCAAGGUGACUCGAAAAAUUUCGAUGAAGCUUGGAAUCGGUUCAAGAAUAUGCUGCGAAAGUGUCCACACCAUGGGAUUAGCAAGGGAAUUCAAGUCCAAUACUUUUAUGCGGGAUUACUUCCAACUUUUAAAAGCUUGGUUGACUCAUUAUCGAACGGAUCGUUGUCCAAAAAGACAAUUGAUGAGGCACUAAAACUUUUCGAGACCAUGGCAACCACUUCAGCUAUGUGGACAUCGGAACGAGCAUUUCAAAAGAAGACACCGAGGGUUUAUGAAGUGGACGUCUAUUCCGCCUUGUCAACAAAAAUUGACUCAUUAUUUCAUAAGGUGGAAAACAUGACACAAUCAGCUACCGCAGCACAGUCGAAGAAGGCCAGUUGUGAAGAAUGUGGAGCUGAGCAUGUAACAGCAGAAUGUCCAAUCUUUGUACAAGAAGUAGAGCAAGUAGAUUAUGCUCAAUGGGGACAGCGACAACAAAAUAACACAUAUGGGAAAACAUUUAAUCCGAGUUGGAAGAAGCAUCCAAACUUCUCUUAG